AUGUCUGCCAUUUCUGAGGAAAGGGGAAGAGAAUGUGGCGGAAGUGAUGAUGUGCCAGCUCCAUCUCUACGCCGCAAGAUCAUGGUCCUUUCUAAAUCUUCUCUUCAAUUCCUGCUGUGUGGGAAGAAUAAGGCUGCUGGGAAGCAAGAGAACAUGUGGAACAGACCCCACUUGUCCCAGCUGGGGCUGUCCAAGGGCAGCAUAGUGCUAGUGUCCCCCAAAUAUUUGUCGGAAGACGUGGAGAUGCUGGAAGACGUGGAGUUGCUGGAAGACGCAGAGAUGCUGGAAGACGAGCAGAUGCUGGAAGCCCUGGAGAUGCUGGAAGCCCUGGAGAUGCAGGAAGACGUGGAUUUUCUGGAAGACGCGGCUUAGUUGGAAGACGUGGAUUUUCUGGAGACAAAUUUGUUGGAAGACGUGGGUAGGCCGGAAGACAUGAAUUUGAUGGAAGACACAGCCUUGUUGGAAGACGUGGAUUUGCUGGAAGACAUCGAUUUUCUGGAAGACGUCGAUUUUCUGGAAGACCUGGAGGUCAUUGGAAGACGUGGAUUUCCUGGAAGACAUGGAUUUUCAGGAAGACCCGAGUUGUCUGGAAGACCUGGAUUGUUUGGAAGACGUAGAUUUGCUGGAAGACCUGGAGGUUCCUGGAAGACAUGGAUUUUUUUCCGGAAGACGUGGAUCUCUAGGAAGACAUAUAUUUGUUGGAAGACCUGGAUCUUUUCUGGAAGAUGCGGAUUUGGUGGAAGACGUAUAUUUUUCUGGAAGACAUGGAGUGAGUGGAAGACCUGGAUUUCUUUCUGGAAGACAUCAAUUGACUGGAAGACCUGGAUUUUCCGGAAGACAUAA